AUGGGUUUGGGACUUUCUUCUUUCUUACCCGACGACCGCAGCCGUGCCUUCGCCCCGCAGUACCCCUUCAGCACGAAGGUUCUGUGUCCCCCGGAUCCCGGUAGCCGUGCCUUCGCCCCGCAGUACCCCCUCAGCACGACGGUUCUGUGUCCCCCGGAUCCCGGUAGCCGUGCCUUCGCCCCGCAGUACCCCUUCAGCAGGAAGGUUCUGUGUCCCCCGGAUCCCGGUAGCCGUGCCUUCGCCCCGCAGUACCCCUUUAUCACGAAGGUUCUGUGUCCCCGGAUCCCGUACCCCUUUAUCACGAAGGUUCUGUGUCCCCCGGAUCCCGGUAGCCGUGCCUUCGCCCCGCAGUACCCCUUUAUCACGAAGUACCCCUUUAUCACGAAGGUUCUGUGUCCCCCGGAUCCCGGUAGCCGUGCCUUCGCCCCGCAGUACCCCUUUAUCACGAAGGUUCUGUGUCCCCCGGAUCCCGGUAGCCGUGCCUUCGCCCCGCAGUACCCCUUCAGCACGAAGGUUCUGUGUCCCCCGGAUCCCGGUAGCUGUGCCUUCGCCCCGCAGUACCCCUACAGCACGAAGGUUCUGUGUCCCCCGGAUCCCGGUAGCCGUGCCUUCGCCCCGCAGUACCCCUUUAUCACGAAGGUUCUGUGUCCCCUGGAUCCCGGUAGCCGUGCCUUCGCCCCGCAGUACCCCCUCAGCACGAAGGUUCUGUGUCCCCCGGAUCCCGGUAGCUGUGCCUUCGCCCCGCAGUACCCCUACAGCACGAAGGUUCUGUGUCCCCCGGAUCCCGGUAGCCGUGCCUUCGCCCCGCAGUACCCCUUUAUCACGAAGGUUCUGUGUCCCCCGGAUCCCGGUAGCCGUGCCUUCGCCCCGCAGUACCCCUUUAUCACGAAGGUUUCUGUGUCCCCCCGGAUCCCGGUAGCCGUGCCUUCGCCCCGCAGUACCCCUUCAGCACGAAGGUUCUGUGUCCCCCGGAUCCCGGUAGCCGUGCCUUCGCCCCGCAGUACCCCCUUCAGCACGAAGGUUCUGUGUCCCCCGGAUCCCGGUAGCCGUGCCUUCGCCCCGCAGUACCCCUUCAGCACGAAGGUUCUGUGUCCCCUGGAUCCAGGUAGCCGUGCCUUUGCCCCGCAGUACCCCUUCAGCACGAAGGUUCUGUGUCCCCCGGAUCCCGGUAGCCGUGCCUUCGCCCCACAGUACCCCUUCAGCACGAAGGUUCUGUGUCCCCUGGAUCCAGGUAGCCGUGCCUUCGCCCCACAGUACCCCUUCAGCACGAAGGUUCUGUGUCCCCUGGAUCCAGGUAGCCGUGCCUUUGCCCCGCAGUACCCCCUCAGCACGAAGGUUCUGUGUCCCCCGGAUCCCGGUAGCUGUGCCUUCACCCCGCAGCACCCCUUCAGCACGAAGGUUCUGUGUCCCCUGGAUCCAGGUAGCUGUGCCUUUGCCCCGCAGUACCCCCUCAGCACGAAGGUUCUGUGUCCCCCGGAUCCCGGUAGCUGUGCCUUCACCCCGCAGUACCCCUUUAUCACGAAGAUCCCGGUAGCUGUGCCUUCGCCCCGCAGUCGUGCCUUCGCCCCGCAGUACCCCCUCAGCACGAAGGUUCUGUGUCCCCCGGAUCCCGGUAGCCGUGCCUUCGCCCCGCAGUACCCCUUCAGCACGAAGGUUCUGUGUCCCCUGGAUCCAGGUAGCUGUGCCUUCGCCCCGCAGUACCCCCUCAGCACGAAGUACCCCUUCAGCACGAAGGUUCUGUGUCCCCUGGAUCCAGGUAGCUGUGCCUUCGCCCCGCAGUACCCCCUCAGCACGAAGGUUCUGUGUCCCCCGGAUCCCGGUAGCUGUGCCUUCACCCCGCAGUACCCCUUUAUCACGAAGAUCCCGGUAGCUGUGCCUUCGCCCCGCAGUCGUGCCUUCGCCCCGCAGUACCCCCUCAGCACGAAGGUUCUGUGUCCCCCGGAUCCCGGUAGCUGUGCCUUCACCCCGCAGUACCCCUUCAGCACGAAGGUUCUGUGUCCCCUGGAUCCAGGUAGCUGUGCCUUCGCCCCGCAGUACCCCCUCAGCACGAAGUACCCCUUUAUCACGAAGGUUCUGUGUCCCCCGGAUCCCGGUAGCCGUGCCUUCGCCCCGCAGUACCCCUUUAUCACGACGGUCCUGUGUCCCCCAGAUCCCGCUUUCUUUCGGAAAAUCGGCCUUGCUUGCCCACCGCGGCCGCCCUGCUUCCGGUCCCCUCUGCUCACGGAUAGCUACGUUGUUGCCAGUUUUGUGCCUCACAAGUACCGCUGCCAUUACAAACGCCCGGGUCCUUUUGUCCUGGUGCAGCUCGUGGAUCAUGGAUCGUGGAUCGUGGAUGGUGGAUGGUGGAUCGUGGAUCGCCUCCGGUUGGUAACUUCCUGCAACUUCAUGGCAGCACCGCCCACAGUGGCAGGCCGGUCCCAGCGGAAAGAGGAGAGAUGA